UUUAAGUGUAGUCCGCAGCUGAUAAGUACUGUGUAAAAGUAUAGGACAAGAAACGGUCAAGAAAUGCUUUUUCUGUCGAAAUUUCCUGUGCGGUCCGCAGCUGACAAGAAAUUUAUACUGUUUUUCGAAUUUGCCAACAGAUGGCGGAUUACUGUUCUAAAAACAUUCAGCUGUCACUUUUCUUACGGAAUAAUAUGCUGAUCUAUUAUUCCGCAAGAAAAAUGACAUUUCGUAUUUUGAAACCGGCGUCGAAUGCAGUGUGACCUAGUGUGACCAAGUGAAAAAAAAAACGUUCUGUCCAAAAGUGUUCUGUGCUCGUGAUCUGAAAACCGUGUUUGUGUACAUUUUUAUUUGCGAUGGAGUACGCCGAUGUGGAAUUCUUGGAGCUAGGGGAGUUUAUCGAUUUGUCCCCACCGGACUUUGAUACGGAAGCCACAGAAGCUUCUCCUGAUGUUUCUCCUCCCGCGGCUGCCGGGAAACGCCAGAAGAAGAGAAGAAGGACGGAUUUCUUCUCUUCUGAGGAUAAGAAACAGCUGGCUGCAGCUGUGAAGGGUCGCCCAGAAAUCUGGGACCUUUCUAAUCGAGACCAUUACAACAAUGGUGCGAUCGAUCGGGCCUGGAGGGAGAUUGCGAAGCAGCUCAACCGAACCUGCGACAUGUGCAAAACGGCGUGGAUCUCACUUCGCGAGAGCCAUCGGUACAGGAAGAAAAUUGUCCAGAAGAAAUCCGGUAGCGAAGGGGGAGAGCCACUUCCAGGCCGAUGUUUGAAUUUACGUACUGUUUCAGCACGUUUCUAAUAUAUUUGCCGUAGUCCGAAGGCCUGCCUGCACUCGCCGAAAAUGUCGUAUGGUAUAAUGAGUCCGAUGAAAUUCUCUUGCGCCAUUCUCCUUCUGUAAUAACGUUUUCGUCAUCAAACUUGUCCAUGUAUCCUGGAGGGCAAUAGGCAGUAGACUUAUGCGUAAUCAAAAAGUUAUGCAGCAUGCAGCAUGCAGUGUUGGGAAACUCGUGCUCGCGAGUAAAAAAAUACUCACUCACGUACUCGUUUGCGAGUAAUACUCACGCUGUGAGUCACUCAUUCCUUACUCUAACUCACGCGAGAGUAUGACGUCAUAACUCACUGCGAGUAUUACUCACGUAAAGAGUAAUACUCGCAGUGAGUAUGACGUCAUUACUCUCGGUGAGUGAGUAAGUUACUCUUUGUGAGUAUGGUGAGUAACCAAUUUCCAUAGCAAAAUAAAAUUGUACAUUAGUAUGUUCUAUACUAGGUGGAAGAC